AUGAUUCCAAAGACAAAAGCAGAAGGUGUACCAGAUUUUGUUUUGUUAAAUCAAAUCACAGAAAAUGCAUUCAUAGAGAAUUUAACUAUGAGACAUAAAUCAGACAAUAUCUACACAUAUAUUGGUGAUGUAGUAAUCUCAACCAAUCCAUUCAAAAAUCUUAAUAUCUAUAAAGAAAGUGAUAUUAAAGCAUACAAUGGUAGAUAUAAAUAUGAAAUGCCACCACAUAUUUAUGCACUUGCAAAUGAUGCAUACCGUUCAAUGAGACAAAGUCAAGAGAAUCAAUGUGUUAUUAUUUCAGGUGAAUCAGGUGCUGGUAAAACUGAAGCAAGUAAAAAGAUUAUGCAAUUUUUAACAUUUGUUAGUAGUAAUCAAAGUCCAAAUGGUGAAAGAAUUUCAAAGAUGUUAUUAGAUUCCAAUCCAUUAUUGGAAGCAUUUGGUAAUGCAAAAACUCUUAGAAAUGAUAAUUCAUCACGUUUUGGUAAAUAUAUGGAAAUGCAAUUCAAUGCAGUUGGUUCACCAAUUGGUGGUAAAAUUACAAAUUAUCUCUUGGAAAAAUCAAGAGUUGUUGGUAGAACUCAAGGUGAAAGAAGUUUUCAUAUCUUUUAUCAAAUGUUAAAAGGUUUAUCACAAUCAAAAUUAAAUGAACUUGGAUUAACACCAAAUGCACCAGCAUAUGAAUAUCUUAAAAAGAGUGGUUGUUUUGAUGUUUCAACUAUUGAUGAUAGUGGUGAAUUUAAAAUUAUUGUAAAAGCAAUGGAAACAUUAGGAUUAAAAGAAAGUGACCAAAAUUCAAUUUGGAGAAUUUUAGCAGCAAUUUUACAUAUUGGUAAUAUUACAUUUGCAGAAGCAGCAGAACAAAGAACUGGUACUACAACAGUGAAAGUAUCAGAUACUAAAUCAUUGGCAGCAGCAGCAUCAUGUUUAAAGACAGAUCAACAGUCAUUAUCGAUUGCAUUAUGUUAUCGUUCAAUUAGUACAGGUGUUGGUAAACGUUGUUCAGUUAUUUCAGUACCAAUGGAUUGUAAUCAAGCAGCCUACUCUAGGGAUGCACUUGCAAAGGCAUUGUAUGAACGUUUAUUCAAUUGGUUAGUCAGCAAAAUCAAUACCAUUAUCAAUUGUACAACAGAGAAGGGACCAGUGAUUGGUAUUCUUGAUAUCUAUGGUUUUGAGGUUUUUCAAAAUAAUAGUUUCGAACAAUUGAAUAUUAAUUUCUGUAAUGAGAAAUUACAACAACUAUUCAUAGAGUUGACAUUGAAGUCUGAGCAAGAGGAGUACGUUAGGGAGGGUAUCGAGUGGAAGAAUAUCGAAUACUUUAAUAAUAAACCAAUUUGUGAGUUAAUUGAAAAGAAACCAAUUGGUUUGAUUUCGUUAUUGGAUGAGGCAUGUUUGAUUGCCAAGAGCACUGAUCAAACUUUUUUAGAUUCAAUUUGUAAACAAUUUGAAAAGAAUCCACAUUUGCAAUCGUAUGUUGUUAGUAAGGAUAGAUCGAUUGGGGAUACAUGUUUCCGUUUGAAGCAUUAUGCUGGCGAUGUAACUUAUGACGUUAGAGGUUUCCUCGAUAAGAAUAAGGAUACCCUAUUCGGUGAUUUAAUAUCAAGUAUGCAAAGUAGUUCAGAUCCAUUGGUUCAAGGCUUAUUCCCACCAACUAGACCAGAGGAUAGUAAGAAGAGACCAGAGACUGCCGGUUCCCAAUUUAGAAAUGCAAUGAAUGCUCUCAUCACUACAUUGUUGGCUUGUUCACCACAUUACGUUCGUUGUAUUAAAUCAAAUGAUAAUAAACAAGCUGGUGUAAUUGAUGAGGAUCGUGUACGUCAUCAAGUUCGUUAUCUUGGUUUACUUGAAAAUGUUAGAGUUAGAAGAGCAGGUUUCGCAGGUAGAAUUGAAUAUACCAGAUUCUACAAUCGUUAUAAAAUGCUUUGUAAAAAGACAUGGCCAUCAUUUAAUGGCACAGCAAAACAAGCCACUGAAUUAAUCCUCCAACAACAUAAUAUCGAUAAAGAGGAAAUUCGUAUGGGUAAAACCAAAGUAUUCAUCCGUAAUCCAACCACUCUAUUCUAUUUUGAAGAGAAGAGGGAGCUUGAAAUGCCAAGAAUUGUAACAUUAAUUCAAAAGACAUGGAGAGGUUAUAGAGCACGUUCCAAAUGGAAUCAAAGAAAAGCUGCCAUUAAAAUCCAGUUAUUCUAUCGUAGCUAUCGUUAUAAGAAAUGGUUCAGAGAGUUACAUCGUGCUUUUAAAGAUGUCGCUCGUGAUCCACAAUGGGGUAAACAAGUAUUUUGGCCCAAACAUCCAUCCAUCUUGGAUAGAGCUGUCCAAUUAACUCACAAAAUUCACAAUUGUUGGAGAGCAGAGAAAAUGAUUCUUUCUUUGGGUGCCGGUCAAAAUCAUAUGAGACAAAAGGUUAUGGCUUACGAUAUUUUCCAUGGUAAAAAGAAAUGGGACUUCCGUCGUCAUUUCGAUGCUGAUUAUUUGGAGAAACCAUCCAAUCCAAAUCAACAAAAAUACGUAUUGGCCAUGCAAAAUCUUUUCUCAACUUAUGGUGACACAGAGGUACUCUUUGCCGAUUACGUUAUCAAAGUCAAUCCAAAGGGUGUGCCACAACGUCGUGGUAUCGUUGUCACUGGUACAAACAUCUAUAAACACGAUCCAAAGAAUUACAAAGUAAAGAAAUGGGGUACUCCAUUGGUUGAUGUAACUUCAAUCUCAAUUUCACCAAUGGCUGAUACUUUCUUGGUUUUACAUUGUAAAGCUCCACAAAGAGAUUUCGUAUUGGAUUUAGGUUGUAAUGGUUAUGAAGCUGUAUCUGAAAUUACAACUGUAAUCGUUCAACAAGUCUUAAAAUUAACUGGUGUCAAAUUAUCUGUUCAAUUCACUAGUUCAAUCACUUAUAAUAAUGCUCGUCCAAAAGGUUCUGAUACAAUUUUAACUUUUGCUCCAAUUAAUAAUGAUCCAAAAUUAAUUGGUUCUCAAUUUAAAAAAGGUAAAGGUAACCAAGCAACAAUCCAAUUUAAAGAUUAA